CCCCGGCGGUGCGAUGGUUACAUUGUAUGGAGAGGGCAGCAGCGGCGGCGGCGCGAGGAGGAGGAGGAGGAUGGGUCCGCGCGGCGGCCGCCAGCAGCAGCAGCAGCAGCAGCAGCACCCCCCUGUGCAGCAGGGGCAGCAGCGCCACCGCCGGCCCUAGAGACCCCCGAGCCGAGGCGCCAGCCCGGAGCCCCAUGCGCAGGCGAGGGGGCAGCGCGGGGCCGCCGCUGGUGCUGGGGGGCUGCUGCUGCUGAGCGGAGCGCGGAGACGAAGCGGGAGAUGUGCCCGGAGGAGGACGGAGGCUGCGGCGUGGUGGGGACCGGGGGGCCGGAGGGGCUGGGCGAGCUCCGCUCCUGGUGGGAAGUCCCGGCCAUCGCGCACUUCUGCUCCCUCUUCCGCACCGCCUUCCGCCUGCCCGACUUCGAGAUUGAGGAAUUGGAAGCUGCUCUUCACAGGGAUGAUGUGGAGUUUAUCAGUGACCUGAUUGCCUGCCUCCUUCAGGGUUGCUAUCAGCGCAGGGACAUCACGUCGCAGACAUUUCACAGCUAUCUUGAGGACAUUAUCAACUACCGCUGGGAGCUGGAGGAAGGGAAACCCAACCCCCUACGGGAAUCCACUUUCCAGGAGCUGCCACUGCGCACCCGCGUGGAAAUCCUGCACCGCCUCUGCGAUUACCGGCUUGAUGCAGAUGAUGUCUUUGACCUCCUCAAGGGUUUGGAUGCAGACAGCCUCCGUGUAGAACCACUGGGUGAGGAUAGUAAUGGCGCCCUCUAUUGGUAUUUCUAUGGCACUCGUAUGUACAAAGAAGAGCCAAUGCAGGGGAAAUCAAAUGGAGAGCUGGCUUCAGACAGGGGAAGUGGGGGCCAGACAAACACCCCAAAUGUUCCUGGGAAAACAGGCAAGAGACGAGGGCGACCCCCAAAACGGAAAAAACUGCUGGAGGAGAAUCUGUUGAGGGAGAAGGCUGAAGAGAACUUGCUCGUGCAUGAGACACAGAUGAAAAAUGGGUCCCAGGGACCAGGCUGUGGGACAUGGUGGCUGCUGUGUCAGACAGAAGAGGAGUGGAGACAAGUCACAGAGAGCUUCAGAGAGAGAACCUCCCUAAGAGAACGGCAGCUCUACAAACUCCUGAGUGAAGACUUCCUGCCUGAGAUUUGCAACAUGAUCGCCCAGAAGGAGAAGCGUCUGCAGCGAACGGAGUUUUCGCCCAGGUGGAUGUCUGACCGUCAGCCCAUUAAGCCAAUCCAGCAGGAGGCGACUCCAAGUGUGCUCAGCAGGAUGGAGAAGCAAAGGCGCAGGGAGGAAGAGGAGGAGCGCCAAAUCCUUCUGGCAGUGCAGAAGAAGGAGCAGGAACAGCUGCUAAAGGAGGAGAGGAAGAGGGAGAUGGAGGAGAAGGUCAAAGCAGUGGAAGAACGAGCUCGGAGGAGGAAGCUCCGGGAGGAACGGGCUUGGCUUCUGGCCCAGGGGAAGGAGCUUCCCCCAGAACUUUCCCACUUGGAUCCCAGUUCUCCUGCCAGGGAGGAAAGGAAGACCAAGGAUCUCUUUGAACUGGAUGAUGAGUUCACCGCCAUGUACAAAGUUCUAGAUGUGGUAAAGGCUCACAAGGACUCUUGGCCCUUCUUAGAACCAGUUGAUGAAUCAUAUGCUCCAAACUACUACCAGAUCAUUAAGGCUCCCAUGGACAUCUCUAGCAUGGAGAAGAAGCUGAAUGGAGGUCAGUACUGCACCAAGGAGGAGUUUGUGGGUGACAUGAAGACCAUGUUCAGGAACUGCCUAAAAUACAAUGGUGAAGGCAGCGAAUACACCAAGAUGGCAUACAACUUGGAGAGAUGCUUCCACCGGGCAAUGAUGAAGCACUUUCCUGGUGAAGAUGGGGACACAGAUGAGGAGUUCUGGAUCAGAGUGGAUGGGAAACGGGAGAAGAGGAGCCGUCGGACCGGGCGCUCCAGCACUGGCAAUGUUUGGACCCGAUCUAGAGACCCUGAGGGACCAGGCAGGAGACAGCAACACCUGGAGAAUGGAGGGAAACCACCGCCAUUCCGGGCUACUCCCCGGGCUCCAGCUUCCUCCUUGUCUUCCUCCUCUGCAGAGGAUCCAAGUAGCAGCACAAUGCAACCCCCUCGGGAGGUGGGCGCUUCCAACGGCCAAGGCUUCCCUCGCCCACUGCAUUAUGGUGGAAUGCCCAGCCAGGUGCCACACCCUAGCCAGAUGCGUCCAGCCGUGCCAGGAACAUUUGGCCCUCUGCGGGGAUCAGAUCCAGCUAAACUGUAUGGAUCACCACGAGUACCAGAACCCCACCCUGGAGAUCCAGUUCAGCAGCACCAGCACUUUGCCAUGCAGUCUACAGUCGGACUGAAUGAACACAGAGGACACAGACUGGCUGCACCAGAGAAGCAGGUGUGUGCAGGGCCAACACAUGUCUCUGCACUGGGGCCACGGCCUGGAUCCCUGCAGCUUGGGCGGAUGAGUGGCCCUUCCCCAGAUGCUAGUAUGUACCCCCCAGUGCAGUUCCAGCAAGGAUUUAUUCCUCCAAGGCACAAUGGACCUCCAAUGAGACCACCUGAGAGCUCAGAGGUCCCCCCAGGCCAUAUGUAUAGACCAUACAAAUAUCUAAAUCGAGCGCAUCCUGCUGCAUGGAACGGAAGCCACAGUGCAACAAACCAGACCUCCCUGGGCCCAGACGAGAAGCCCCCCUUGAGCACAGGACCUGCUUUGCAGUCUCGGGCUCUUAGUCACAUGAUGGACCCUCGGGCAAUAAGACCACCUCUGCCUCCCAGCCAGUGGACUGAGCAAUCAAAUUUCCUACCUCAUGGGGUCCCUGCCUCAGGAUACAUCAGACCACCUGGUAAAGCCACCGGUCAGAGAAUGCAGCAGCCUCCAGCCUCUGUGUUUGGGGGACCCCCUCAAGUUCAGAGAGGAUGCCAAGGUGGGGAUUCCAUGAUGGACAGUCCAGAGAUGAUUGCCAUCCAGCAGCUGUCAUCUCGCGUGUGCCCACCGGGUGUGCCUUACCACCCCCGUCAGCCUCCUCCCCCGCAUCUGCCUGGUCCCUUCCCACAGCUGGCCCAUGUUGCAUCAGCAAAUGUGCAGCCCCCGAAACCGGUCUUGGGUAACGGAAACUCUCAGGAUGCCAGUCAGACAGUGGAGCCAGAAAGCAACCGAGUGGAGCCCCCACCUGGAGUAGAGGAGAAGGCUCAGUGCAUCAGUGUUCCAGAAGGGACGUACCCCAAACUGCUACCUCAUUCCAACCCCACCCUACAGAUGGACUGCACCAGACGGAAUUUGCCACGGGAGAGGGAGGGAGAUGACUCUGGAACUAAAAAUGACCCGAAGGCAAUGCAGAGCAAGAGUGUCUGGCCAGCACAGAGCACCUACACUGGCCCGACAGGCCAGGUGUGUGUGAGAGACCUGGUGUCAGCAGCUGAGAGAGGGCCUGGCCCUGAAAAUGGGCCUGUAGGUGAAGGACCCUCCAGUGGCAAUGAGGGGAAAGGACUGGCUGUUAACAUCUUGGAGAAGCCCCUUUGUCCUGGGGGGAAGACUUUGUCAGAGGUCGCUGUGCCUUGUAUGGGACAGAACACCAGUACUCCUGGUGUGGAUGGAGGUUCAGUGGGAGGGGCUCCGAGCCAGUUUCCCCCUCUCUACAUGCCUGGUUUGGAGUAUCCAAAUUCGGCCACACGUUACCAUAUCAAUCCAGGACUGCAGGGGUUCAGCCCUAUGAUGGGAGGGAAGCCUCCCUCUGUGUCCCAUCCACAACAUUUCCCCACUCGGGGCUUUCAGCAUAGUAACACCCAUCCCAGUGUCUUUCCUCGGUAUCGCCCCCAUCAGGGGGUGCCAUACCCGUAUCAGCCACAACCUCCACCUUCCUACCACCACUAUCAGCGACCUCCAUACUACACUUGUCCACAAGGCUACUCAGACUGGCAAAGGCCUCUCCACCCGCAGGCCAACCCUGGUGGGCAUCCGCCCGCCCACCCACCUCUGGCCAGGCCUUCUUUCUCAGACAGGGGGAACGUGGGUAGUCUGCAGGGCUGCGAGGCAUUCAGCACUGCCCUGGCGUCCCCAAACCGAAUGGACAUGGCAAGCGCCAAAGAGGUUCCUCCAGGCGAUGGGCAGGAUCCAGGGCCUGAAGAUGAGAAGUCAGAUGAAUCCCAGGAGAGGCCAGAGAGUCCCAAAGAGUUUCUUGAUUUGGACAACCAUAACGCAGCCACCAAGAGGCAGAGCUCGGUGGCAGCAGGGGAGUUCCUGUAUGGGGCUCUCCCCCCACCUCUGAGUUCUGGGAUCGGAUUUGGUCCAUCAGCUUUCCCUCCCCAUGGGGUGAUGCUGCAGACAGGGUCUCCUUAUGCAUCUCGGCAUCCAGCCAGUCAUUUCCAGCCCAGGACCUAUGGAUCACCAGUGAAUGCUCACCUGUCUCGUCAUCCAGCAACUGGCCAAGCCAAUGGCCUCACUCAGGAGGGACCCCUGUACCGCUGCCGGGAAGAGAACAUGGGUCACUUUCAGGCCCUACUGAUGGAGCAGAGAGGCAGCGGAGGUGGCAUGGGGGGGGCCCAGGACAUGUACAGACCACCGGGAAUGCAAAUACACCAGACCCAAGCAUCCUUCCCGAAGGUGCCUACAGCAACCACAUCCCGGGAGGAGCUGCCACCACAGAAACCAUCAGCAUUGCCUCUGGAUCAAAGCUAGUCCAAGGAAGGAAGAACCCCAAGGAGAUGAAAGCCACACGUGAUUUGGACAUGGGGGAAGGAGGACAUAGGCCUCCUACCUUCCCUGUCUCCCCAGCGGCAUGUAGCUUCCAGGGUCCAGUGGAACAUGGUGCCUUGAUGGCUCUUGUGUGUGUUUAAACAUGGGAUAGUCCUGGGUCCCUGGCUACCGACCAUAUGGCUGAUCUCAACAGCGCAGAGGAUGCAUCUCAAACUAGUGGCUUGUCAUGACUGAAGAGUGUAUCUCAUUCAGGGUUUGGGUUGGGAGGGGGAGAUUGAAAUUGUCAUGAACUGCUAAACUCAGGUAUAUUUUUCAGGGUGGAAGAGGGACGACGAUGGAAUUUACUUGUAGUAUUAACGUGUGUGUUUGGAGCUGGAUCCAGUUUACAGAAUUUACCUGUUGCCUUUUUUAAUAAAUUUUUGUUGUUGGUGAAUGUAUUGUACAUAAUGGGGGAGGGAUGGGACCCAGCUUGUAGUAGGCGUAGCACUGGGGUGAUCCUUAACUGUUUACAAUCAUGUCACACACAAAUCUUUCAGGGCAGGGCAAUGGGGGAGAUGAUGGGAACUUGCAACUUUCUAUUCCUCCCCUUUCCUUCCAGUCCUCUAGAGCUAAGACACGACCCUGUAAUUGAUCACAGGGACUGCUCAGGAGCAAAGCAUAGCACUCUCCUCUUCUACCCAGUAGUUGAGUGCACUUCCACCUCCUGCCAUCAUGGGGAACAAGGAAACCAGGACCAGGAACUGAAAGUCUCUCAUAGCAUUGUCCUCUAGGCAUUUCUGGUAUGAGUUAUCUGGGUACCAGCAAUUGGCUAAUUAUUCAUUUGUACCUUAGUCCUCUUUAGGUGAAGCCAAUGCAGUUUGGAGGAAGAUACGUGGAAUGGUAUCAUGGAGUUGUUGUCUUUAUUGGAACAAGUAAUUGUGCUAGCAUAUAAUACCCCUUAGAAAGGAGACAGGAAUAGAGAUAUCCCUGGUUUUCUCUCAGUGUAAAUUGACUAUUGUCAUUUUCAAUGAAAGCAAAGCGGAAAUAGAGCCCCUCUUAAAUUCUGAGGACUCCAGCUUUCAGGUGAAAUAGGAAAUGGAGCUGCUUUAGGGAGGGUCUGUCUGAUGCAAUGCGAACAAAUUGUCAACCUGUGACACCAGCUUUGGACGUUUUGUAAAUUAGUAGAUAAAUGUGAAUCAGAAAUUAUUUCUUCUAGCUAGAGUGGUUAAGGGGCACAGUGGAGGUUGUGGAGUGGGGCAAGAAUGCCUCGGGUUAAUGCACUAGUCUUUCCUGCUAGAACUUAAGUUUAAAUCUCGCUUUGAUUACAAAUUAAAUGAGUUCGGUGGGUCUUAUCCUUGCCCGUUAGAAGCAGAUAUUUGUCCACAUCGUAAAGCCACCAAGUGGACACAACUGAGAGUCUUGGAGACAGGACUAGGUCUGUGGGGCAAGAAGGGAAGGUAUUGCUACACUGGUGGAACUGUGCAGGGGCCCGGUGUUGGUAUAAGGCAUGCUGCUGGAUAGGAUUGGGGUGCAUCAGCGGAGCUGCAUGAAGCACCCCUGCCCAGCACCUGUACUCUUACUUCUUUUAUCCACAGCUUUUGUGAGAUUCAGAAACUUGCUGGAUUAAAAACAAAAAUUCUUGAAGCUGUCCAGAUGAGGAAAGAAUAAUGUUUUAGUGUUUGUCACACUUCCUAGUAACUCUGGCUGGUCUGCUUCUGUGAUACCAUUUACCUCUAGUAGUGUUUUGUCGGGUUCCAGGCAUUUUCCUAAAUCUGGGCCCACAAACUUAACAGGAGUGUAAGCAUCAGUGUACUCUGCUACCCAGACACACACACUUGCAGUGGUAUUCACACGAGAAUCAAAUAGGCAUUGAGUGGCAAGUGUGUUUCUAAAAUGCAAUUCUUCUUACUCCAUGUUGAAGUCAACCUGUGAAUUGUCUGCCCUCUGCUUAUAGCAGUGCCCUGAUUAUUUGGCUUAUGCCCAAGCCCUCAUUCAACUCAGAGGAAACUUAGUAUAAAUUAUUUGAAUAUCUAAUUACAUAGAACAUCACGUUAGUGAAGUGUCAAUUUUAAUUAGUCUUUAUUCUGUUCAGCAGACAGAGAGCAGCUAUCCUUGGCAGUGUGGUGAAGCGCGGAUAGGGGUUCUCAACCUUCUUUCUGAGCCCCACUCCUCCGCAACAUGAUAUAAAAACUCCACAGACUGCAGGGGGGUGGGGGCAGGGGGAGAGAGGAAGAGUGGCUCUGGGCUUCAGCCACAGGGCACCGGAGCUCAAAGCUUCUGCCCCAGGGGUGCUGGGCUCCUGCCCCACAGGGCACCAUGGCUUGAGGCUUUAACCCCAUAGGUGGGGGGGCCUCAUGGCUAUGGGCUUCAGCCCUGCAAUUGGAGGGGCUCGAGGCUUCUGCCCUGGGGUGCCAGCACUUGGGGCUCUGAGCAUUCUGCCCUGGGCCCCAGCCAGUCUAAAGCUGGCCUUCAUGGACCCCCUGCAAAUGGCUCGCAGACCCCAUUGAGAACCACUGGGCUAGAACACAGGAAAUGGAAAUGCAGCUUACCGCUGGAAUGAAUGGGAGUUGGGCAAUCUCUUCCCUCUGAGAGAGAGGCUUAGUCCAAUUCACUGAAUGGAAAUACUGAAACCGUGGCAAAUAUUUAUAAAAAGUGCGGUGUGCAUGUGUGGCCACAUUCCCAGAUGAUAAAUCUGGCCAGCAGGGAAAUUUUUAAAUACAGCAAUUAUUCAUAUUUAAAAACCUUUGGUUCAUUGUGGAUAUAAAAAAACUAAAACAAAAGAGCACAUUUAAAAACCAAGAAACUCUAAAUAUAAUUUUAUGGCCAGACAUCUGAAACUCUGGAAAUUGAUUCAGAUUCUACAAACAACCCCUACCCCAGUACAGCACAGGCCCUGCAUAUGAUGUAAGGUGGCAGCUAUACCAAAUAUUUAAAGUACUUUUAAACUUCCUGUAAACUCCUCUUUGUCUUUGUAGUUCAGGAGGGCUUGUAAAUUGUAGAGAAUGAGAUAAAGCACUUGCGUCUGCAGUUAAUACUAGUAUUGGAAAUGGGGUUCGAAUGGAUAUCUCAGUGUAAAUGGAUGGUCCGAUGUCAGCCCCACAUCAAAAAAGGGCAGAGCUGCAUAUGAUGAGAAUAGUGUGGUUUGUUCUCUCUCCCUAGAGAGGGUUGUGGAAUGGUAGAUAAUGCUGAGUGUUUGAACACCAUAUACAGAGCGUGAGAUAUCAAAGUAUGGCCGUCUCUUAACCUAGUGGAAACGUGGGAGGGAAGAGAGCAAGGGUGAUCUGUAUCCAGUGAACAAGAGACAGGAUAGAGUAGCUAACUCCAUUCUAGGAAGGUCUGUAGGUGAUGGCUUUUAUGUAGUGUGUAGUUAGUAUGUUAUUGGAUUAUGGGCUGCUGUAAUGGGGCACAUCAGGGCCAUAACCAGGGCAGGGCAGCUGCCCAGGGCGCAAAGCCACGGGGGCAGAAAAAUGGGGCAGAGAAAUGCCGGAGGGGGAAAGGCAGGGGGUGCAAAUAUGCUUUCUCGCCCCUGGCGCUAAAAUGUCUAGUUACAACUCUGGGGCACAUGGCUUAUAUUGGAAAUAUAUGACAGGAAUCAUGAUUGGCUACAGUAACCAGGAAUAGGAUGUUCUGGGACAGAAUUGUUUGUCGAAUCUUAACUCUGAAUCUCCAGAUUUUCAAACAGUUUGUUCAUAAAUUGUUAUUUCUAUGACAGUAUUGCCUAGGAAUCACACUCAAGGAUCAGGGCCCCAGCCCACGAGGCACUGUACAACCAAAUCACAAAGAAAACAGCCCUGCCUCUGAGGGCUCACACACUACAUAAUAGAUAAGAUACAACAGGUGGGAAAAAACAGAGAGUGGACUGGGAGAAUAAAGGAACAAUAAAAAUAGAGAUUAGUGGAAAAGUAGAAGUUACAGCUCACCACUUGCCUAGCCAAUGCCAGGCAGGAGUGAUUUUAGGCAUCAUUGCAGAGAAGUUAUUAAGGAGGAUUUUAAAGAGAAUAGGUAGUAGCUCUUUAUGAAUAUUGACAGGGUAUUUUUUUCCAUGCAUUGGUGAGAGAAUUGUAACUUUACUUUAAAAUUUCCUGACUCUUGAACAUUUGAAUUUUAUCACUGCUACACGUCAGUAAGGUUUUUAGCAGAUGUACAGUUGGUUGCUGUGCUUCCUGAUUGGGCCCCUAAGCACUACUGUAAUACAAAUGAACAAUAAGUAAUCCCUCUUUAGAAAGCAUAUUAAACCAGUGAUAUGUGAAAACGUUUUGUAGCUGUACUACUUCAGGUGCAUAGAACAGGUUUUGCUAUAAUUACCAAUGUGGGGCAAAAACAAGGCUAUGUAAUAUUUAGAAUAGAUACUGUGCUGAAAGAUGCUGUGACCACCAAUACACAUGACAUAGGUUCAAACUGAUCCUCACAGCUGUAUAAACUACGCCAGACCCUUGGACUUCUUUGUUUCAUUUGUUUUGUUUCAUUUUUCUGUGAGUAAUAUGUGGUGGAGCUCCAGGGAUGUUGAACUGCCCUUGUAAACUUGAGUUUAAGAAGUCUGCAACCUGUGGCUGUGCAAUGAUUAAGCUUAAUCCAAUGCAGUGUGGAGUUUAUGAACUCCAUGGAGGGCCAGUAAAAACAUAAGAAGUAACUUCAAAAUGAACCCACCAAACCACUAAAAAAUAAUCAAGGCACCAGUCCUCAAUCAGGACAAUAUAGUAAACCAAAUUUGGAGUUUCUAGCUAAGCUGUUUGAUUGAUGAUUCCAGAAAGUGUGAAGAACCAUUUUUGGAAAAGCAAACUUCUGUUUUUGGGGGGGGGGCGGGGGUUGGUCUCAAGUGGUCGCACCUGAUUAACAUCUUGCUGUAUGACUCCCCAGAUUUUCUGAAACAUAUCUCUGGCAUAGGAGCACCAUGUGUGAGAAAUCUCAAGUGGAUUGGUAUAAGUUUUUCAAAGCUAAUUUCUUGGAGGCUUGGAGAGAUAUCACAAUUACUGGUUUAACAGAAAACUAGUCACGGCCUUAACUAUGGAGAGGGUGUUUUCCAUUUUGCUGAUGAAUGCAGGCUUUCCUGCCACUUUUCUUCCCUCACACUGCAGCCCUCCUCCAUUUAAAAUGAAAAGGGCAGUAAUUAGACAAUAACCUGUUGUAUUUUCCCUCCUGCUAUUCAGUCUCUUCAUAACCUGUAGGUCAUUAGCCGUGUCUUUAUGCCCAGCCAGGAUUGUCUCCAUAUUCUUUGACCUCAUCCUGUUUCCAGUUUCAAGGUGGCAGUGGGAGACACAUCUCUAGGGUGCUACCUUUCAGUCAUUGUGCAGCAACUCUCUGACUUUGGGGCUUGCAAAGGACGUGGUUAGGUGAGGAGAAGAUACAGAACAAGGUCAUGGUUAGUGGUAAACCUGCAGUUCCCAUCAUCCCAAGGAUACUUCAGAGAAUGAACAGUGGCACCUGUACGGAUGCCAGUGGUUCCUGUUGCAUAGCAGCGGUGCAGCUGGAUCUAGUUUAUUAAAACCACCCUGUAAAAACUUUUACUUCAGCCCUUCGGUGUGGAGGGCUGCUGCUGUGUAUUUCCUAUUCUGCUUUAUGCAUACAGCACUAGUGGUUGAACAGCAGGUGUGUGAGCACUAUGCCCUCUCUCUAAAGCUGAGGUUGAAAUGGCAGGUUAUGAAAGAGUUGUUGCAGCUGCAGGUCAUGUGAUGGGCUUAAUAGCUUGUGCGUAUUGUAACCGAAAAGGCGUCUCAAACACUGACCUUCCAGCCUUUCCCCAUCUGUAUCUGUUUAACAUACAGAUGGGGUAAAGCACAUUCCAGCUUUGCCGGACCCCUGCCGCCCAUGCGGAAGGAAAAUACUUUUAACUGGCACAUAAUGAACCUAUCCUUCUUAUUCCCUCCAUUCCCCACCCCACCAAUCAGGAAAAAAAACCUCUCUGCUUUUCCAAAUGCCUUUGAAUAAGAAAUGUCCUGGUGAGAGCUGGGCUAAUCAGUCCCCUGUGUGUGGGAAGCUGGGGCAGUGUGUGUUUGAUGGAACUGUGAAUCAGGAUCCAAGUAUGUUUUCAGUGCCUGUGUUGGGUUUAAUGAAUUGCGUGAUGCUACAUCCCUUGGGGCAGUCCCCCUUUCUGUCACUACCAUGCUCACUGGCAGUAUUAAAGAAGUAGUGGGAUGUUGUAAGCAAAACUGCUUACAGCAUAGUGGGUUGGAUUUGCCUCAUCACAUUCCAGUCAUCCUCAUCUCCAUUGAUGAAGUUCUUCCUUCUUUCGAAAAUGCAGAUGGAAUAGGCACAAAUCAGUGAUGGGGCCAGUCACAGAAGUCAAGGGAAGAGAGAGAGAGACCAGGUCUGUGAAGGGAACGAGAGAGCUGGGCCCAUCAUUAGAAGGGAUGCAGCCGGAUAUGGGGCCAUUACUGCAGUACAAAUUAUGCCUGGAUCCCUAUGGCAGGAAAGCAGGGACCUUCUAAAGUCUAGCCCUUUGUUGAAUUUAAUGUAAAUGAGGUGAGUUAGCUGCCAUCUGGAACUGAAGAGCCUUCCCCAAAGCUACUCUCGCUUUUUUCAGUCAGAAGGUUGCAUCUUGUAUCUGAUGCAUUUCAGUUACCCUUGCAUGCUCUCUGUCUACAUGCAUCUUCAGAGGGGAGAGGGACCAGUCAGUAA